UCUAAGCCGCGGAGGAAACUCAGGCUGGGGCCGUGCGCGGAGCUCCGGCUGUUACUGGGAACGGCGGCCGGAACGGCAGCGCCCGCGCGGCGGCGGCAGGAGCUGCGCCGCUGGCCAAAUACAAUAGAGGCAACAACUGAAGGGAGCCUUUGGUCCUCUCCCGUAAACACACUCCCCUCCACUGCCACCUCCCCUGGGCACCGCGCGCGGUGCUGCCUGGCGCCGGCUGCCCCUGGGGCUGCUAUGGGACCUCGAGACUGCGGGAAUUAGGGGACCGGGGAGAAGAGGCUCGCCCGCGGCAGCCCCUGGGGGCCAAGUUUGCGGCCACUUCUGCACGCGUUCCCUCAGCUCCCGGCCGCCCCUUCCUGCAGCCCAGCCGGCCCGGGUGCUUUUCGCCUCCUCGCGUGCCCAGCAGCCGCAGUACCCGGCGACCAUGGUGACGGUGGAGGAACUGCGGGAGAUGGACUGCAGCGUGCUCAAAAGGCUGAUGAAUCGGGACGAGAGCGGCGGCGGCGCGGGCGGCAGCGGCGGCCACGGCGCCCUGGGGCUGCUGAGCGGCGGCAAGUGCCUGCUACUGGACUGCAGACCGUUCCUGGCGCACAGCGCGGGCUACAUCCGAGGCUCGGUCAAUGUGCGCUGCAACACCAUUGUGCGGCGGCGGGCCAAGGGCUCAGUGAGCCUGGAGCAGAUCCUGCCCGCCGAGGAGGAGGUGCGCGCCCGCCUGCGCUCCGGCCUCUACUCCGCGGUCAUCGUCUACGACGAGCGCAGCCUGCGCGCCGAGAGCCUCCGCGAGGAUAGCACCGUGUCCUUGGUAGUGCAGGCGCUGCGCCGAAACGCCGAGCGCACUGAAAUCUGCCUGCUCAAAGGCGGCUAUGAGAGGUUUUCCUCCGAGUACCCAGAAUUCUGUACUAAAACCAAGGCCUUGGCAACCAUCCCGCCUGCUGUGCCGAGCGCCGCGGAGCCCCCGGACCUGGGCUGUAGCAGCUGUGGAACACCGCUGCAUGACCAGGGGGGUCCCGUGGAGAUCCUUCCCUUCCUCUACCUCGGCAGCGCCUACCAUGCUGCCCGCAGAGACAUGCUGGACGCCCUGGGCAUCACCGCCCUGCUGAACGUCUCUGACUGCCCCAACCACUUCGAAGGGCUCUACCAGUACAAGUGCAUCCCGGUGGAGGACAACCACAAGGCCGACAUCAGCUCCUGGUUCAUGGAGGCCAUUGAGUACAUCGAUGCGGUGAAGGAGUGCCGCGGGCGUGUGCUGGUGCACUGCCAGGCGGGCAUCUCGCGCUCGGCCACCAUCUGCCUGGCCUACCUGAUGAUGAAGAAGCGCGUGCGGCUGGAGGAGGCCUUUGAGUUCGUCAAGCAGCGGCGCAGCGUCAUCUCGCCCAACUUCAGCUUCAUGGGGCAGCUGCUGCAGUUCGAGUCGCAGGUGCUGGCCACGACGUGUGCCGCGGAGGCUGCCAGCCCCUCGGGGCCGCUGCGCGAGCGGGGCAAGGCCACGCCCACGCCCACCUCGCAGUUCGUCUUCAGCUUCCCUGUGUCGGUGGGCGUGCAUGCCGCCCCCAGCGGUCUGCCCUACCUGCACAGCCCCAUCACCACCUCCCCCAGCGGCUAGGCGCCCGGGCGCCGGUGGCAUGGACUGCGCGGGCUGGCCGGCAGGGGGCGCCGGCUCCUCCACACCCAGUCCUCCGGGCCCACGCGGGCCAGAAUGGCAAUAAGAACUCUGAAUACAAACGAAAAACAAAACACUUCAACUUAGAGCAAUAACAGCCGUCUCCGCAGGCAGGGAGACAUGGGGGUGGUUUGUGUUUUACUUGUCAGAUAGGAAUUUUUUACCUCAUUUUUUUAAAGCAGUUUAAGGCUUGAAGUUAGGAGCCCCACAGAUCCUGGCACAUGCACCCACCUAGGUUUAUCAGGGAGGAGGGAGGGGAGGGAGAGGGUCAGGAAAACAAGUUUGCCGGAAGUGCCUGGUUCUGUGUGCUCUGUCCUCCUUGUGGUUUAGGAUUUUUUUUUUUUAAGAAAUCUUUAGGACGUCUAGGUUGGCACCUGGUGAACGAUUCAUUAUGCAUAAUAAUAAAGGUGUUUAUUAAGAAUUGCAUCAGUACGUACGUUCGAAGAGUCCAGUGACAGUGAAUUUAGAAUAUAUUUAUGUUGUGUCCAACAGCAGGGCACGGUAGCACGCAGACGUCAAACAGGAAGGAAAUGCCACCUCGCAGGUAGGGACAGGUGAGCGUGAUGAUCAGCUUGUUGCUGCUGAGAAGCAGGCAGGGAGGGGUGGGGGGAGGAAGAAAGACGGGACUACUUUUUAAUUACUUUGGAGAUGAAUCCUGGGCACAUGGACCACUAAAUUGGUUUUAACCCACAAUACAACCUUUUCUGUUUGGUGAUCGAUAGUUCAUUUUGGCGGUGGGAGCGUUUUCCUCACAGACCUGCCUGAGGACUUGCAUGUCAUCCAUGAUAAAAGCCGUAUCAUGAAAGGUGCUCCUGGAAAAUUGGGUGCAAUUGAGAUCUUCCUUCAGUGAGUCCUUGGGGAAGGCCUUUGGGAAACCAACUAGAGAGAGACAUGGAAUGCAUCCUUUUGUGUUGAGGAAGCACCAUCUUUCCUCUCUCGCAUUAAUUGGAGUUUCUAAUUUGUGGGGGAGGAUUACUUAGAAUGAGGUGUACCAACAAAUUCUUGCGUUCUUAAAAUUCCUGGUGUAUGUGAAUGUUUUUAAAGGCUUUCCCUUUAAUAAAAGGGAAGUGGACACCACGUUCAGGUCGCACUGAAGUCUAGAAUGGUGAGAGUGAGGAUCAGCCGGUAGACGCUUUGCUUUCGGGAGCUGGUGGCUGGGCGCUGAGUCCUUUCUUGGGAUAAUGCCACUCUAAGGGCGCUUUCCAAACGGAGGAAUGGCUUUUGGAGGAGAAGGGCACUUCCUUCCUUUGGGCUUGGGGGGAGGGCGGAGGGGCAAGCUACGUGUUACUCCGUUUGUAGUGUUGUGGAGCAGUGCUGUUAGAGUGCCAGGUUAGAAGUAAUUGCAAACUUGUCUAGAGGUGAAGGCAUGGUUUUUGUUCCUGUUUUGGUGUCUCAGCCCUUUGAGAGUCCAGAUCUAAAUGAACAUUCUUCUUGCUCAGCUAAGGUAGCUUCAAGCCUCAAUAUCGAAAUAGUGUUGGAAUGCUCUUUCUCAUCCUGGCAUCCCAAACAGAACCAGGUUCCUUACAUUUCUUUGCAUAAACAUGAGUCUGUGGUGGCCUCGUUCAUCCUGCCUGUCAUGCCCUGUAUUUGGCUGGGGCCAGAGUUCCUGCUUCCUGUUUCUAGAAGAGCCCCAACCCCACUCCUCCCUGUGAGCUGCUUGGCUGAAUAGCUAGGGUGAAGUACGGAGGGGUUCGAUGCCCAGACAGUGGACCCAUGUAGAGA